AUGGAGCGCAAUCCAUCAAAAGCAAAGUUACGUCACCGUUUGCCUUUCAUCCGAAGCAACUCCGCACGAGGCCUGGAAUCACUGGUCUUGCCCAUUGAACCCAGUCCAUCAAGCAGUCGUCCUCGCUCAGCGACGAAUCCCGAGUCCCCCGCCCACGAUGAGCCAACGUGGGACAGCGGGGAUCCCAUCCGGGGCUACAGUUUCAUAGAUGAGCCGGGUUACUUCCGCCCUGCAUCGCCGCUUAUUGACCGCCAAGAGAUUGGAGAUGACCUUGAAGCUGAUAUCAAGCAUGCAUGUGCUAUGCUAUCUCACACCAUAGACCGUGGUAUUCCAGCCGGAUUGUCCUAUCGGAGCGAGGUGCCGGUGUCGACAGCUGGACAGUAUCCCGUUGGUCAGACUAGCGUCGAAGCAGCGCCUUCGUCCUUGAGACAGAAUGUCACUCUUCUGUCGGCGCCCAACCCAAUCAGCCUCCAAGCUGAAAGCACCAAGAGGCAUGAUUCUGGUGUUGGCAUGACCUUCAAUUCUCCCAGCCAACCAGGAAGAACCUACGGCAACAGUGUAUCGCGCACAAACAGCUCAGCACGGUUCUACAACGCACAACCUUACGCUUCACCGCCACACAGCCCAUCAACAGGAUCCCGCCCCCGGAGCCACAGUCUAGUAACAACAAACGAAAAGGAUAACCAGAGGGAACGAUCCUUCUCUCCAAGCCCGGUUCCAUUCCCAUACAGUCCCCCGCAUCUCAACAGCGAGUGGCCAUCCAACCCAACGACUCUGGACAGCCCAGUUAGCUCGCUCAACGAAAGCGACACCAACCCAUAUUUGAACAAACCUGACGCCUUUUCCCCCGCCAUAUCCCCACAAGAUGCACCAUCUCUCGGCAGCACAGACAGGACCUGGAUCCACGUUAGCAGAGACACCCAACGCCUCACCGACGAAGCAAAGCCACCAGCAAUCCAAGCUGCAAAGCCCAACUCAGUGGCCCGCUUCUACAGUUCCUAUCAAACAACAGGGGAAUUCAACUCCCAUGCAUGGCCGACGAAGAAUUAUCGGGGGGACCGGAUCUCGAGCAUCUACAGUGAUGUUUCAUUAUCAUCAUCACUGGGUGGAAGGGCCACAACGUCGAGACCUGACACCGGUAAUUCGAGAUUGGGUGCAUCGAAGGAACAUUUGCCUGGACCCCUGUUUGCCGGGUCCAAUUGUGGGGUGUCUUACUCAGCUUCUUGUUUGGCGAAUGAGUCCAAGCACAAGGAGUGUGUUUACUCUGUUGCGAUGCCCACUUCACCGCCUCAAAACAACCGACGAAAGAAGGCCUCCCUUUUGUUGAAGAAGUUGACUGGGCUGGGCAUGAGGAGGAAUCAUGACAAUGGGGUUUGCUAA